UUGGAUAUCACCGCAUACGGUGACUCCCCACUCAAUUCGAGAUCAAUAAAUGAGGAUAAUGGGACUUUUGGGGCCCUUCUCCGCCAUCGGGGUUGGAUUAGCCCGACGCUGAUUGGAUUGCGAUCACGACAUCGAUGCAAACAGCCGCUGAACGGUCUUGCAAACAUCCCCGAUCAGGUCAAGUGCGGGGGCCUCGUGACUGGUCCUCGAGCACGUCACCCCGUUGAUGCCUCGUACAUCAGGCAGUUAUCGGCUUUUGCUCUGAAUGCCGGCGGAUUUCAAAGCACGAACUACUUACUA